GCCUGCCACACGGGGAGCUCGCUGGAGAGCCCGGCGGCGCGGGCUGCUGGAGUCUGGGGUCCUGGGACCCGCGGCGUGGUUCAGGAAACAUCAGUACUCCCUGAGGGCUGUUGUCAUUCAACCCUGGUGAUGUCUCCCGUGUGACCCGAAGGAUCAAGGCUAUGCAGUGAAAUUGAGUCAGCUUCUAUAAAAAUGCAACCUGUCUUUCCUCUCCUGAAGAAAAACAACUUUCUGGCUGCUGCCAUGCCGGGUGAAUAGGGCUCAGUGACAGGACAUUCCUGGAAAUACUUGUGGUCAUACCCAGCGGGGAGAAGCACACCAUUGCCCCAUGACACCAUGACAGCAAGAGAGCACAGCCCACGUCACGGCUCCAAGUCCCGUUCAGUACAGCGGGCCUCAACUAUUGAUGUUGCCUCUGAUAUGCUGGGACUGUCUCUGACAGGAAACAUCCAGGAUCCAGAUGAGCCCAUAUUAGAAUUCAGCUUGGCUUGCAGCGAGCUACAUACUCCAUCGCUAGAUCGAAAACCAAAUAGUUUUGUAGCAGUGAGUGUAACAACACCUCCUCAGGCAUUCUGGACAAAGCAUGCACAGACAGAGAUUAUAGAGGGAACUAACAAUCCUAUAUUUCUAAGCAGUAUCGCCUUCUUUCAAGACUCCCUUAUCAAUCAGAUGACGCAAAUCAAACUAUCUGUUUAUGAUGUCAAAGACAGAUCUCAGGGAACAAUGUAUUUACUGGGUUCUGGGACAUUCAUUGUCAAAGAUCUGCUUCAGGAGAAAUACCAUAGGUUGCAUUUAACACUAAGGUCUGCUGAAAAUGAUCGCGUAGGUAACAUUACUGUAAUAGGAUGGCAAAUGGAAGAGAAGUCAGACCAGCGGCCCCCUGUAACGAGGUCACCUGAUACAGUUAAUGGGAGGACUGUUCUACCAGUGGAUGAAAGCUUGACAGAAUCGUUAGGAAUCCGAUCCAAAUAUGCUUCCUUGCGGAAAGAUUCAUUACUAAAAUCAGUGUUUGGUGGUGCCAUCUGUAGAAUGUACCGUUUCCCUACAACUGAAGGGAAUCACCUAAGGAUCUUGGAGCAGAUGGCUGAAAGUGUCCUCUCCUUACAUGUUCCUAGACAGUUUGUAAAACUCCUUCUAGAAGAAGACGCAGCAAGGGUUUGUGAAUUGGAAGAAUUGGGAGAACUAUCUCCUUGCUGGGAAAGUCUCCGUCGACAAAUAGCUACUCAGUACCAAACCAUCAUACUAACUUACCAGGAAAACUUAACUAACUUACAUCAGUACAAAGGCCCCUCAUUUAAGGCAAGCAGUUUGAAAGCUGAUAAAAAGUUGGAAUUUGUACCCACAAAUUUGCAUAUACAGAGAAUGCGAGUCCAAGAUGAUGGAGCAUCAGAUCAGAACUAUGACAUCAUAACCAUAGGAGCAGCCGCAGCACAUUGCCAAGGCUUUAAGUCAGGAGGUCUUCGAAAACGACUGCACAAAUUUGAAGAGACCAAGAAACACAGUUAUGAGGAAUGUUGUACCUCACCCAGCUGCCAGUCAAUAAUAUACGCACCACAGGAUAUCAUCAGAGCGAAGGAGAUUAUUGCCCAGAUCAACACCUUAAAAACCCAAGUCAGUUACUAUGCUGAAAGGCUGUCAAGGGCAGCCAAGGAUAGAUCAUCUAAUGGCCUUGAAAGGACGCUCGCCAUCCUAGCAGAUAAGACAAGACAACUGAUUACUGUCUGUGACUGUAAAUUGUUGGCUAAUUCAAUACAUGGACUUAAUGCUGCUAGACCUGAUUACAUUGCCUCCAAAGCCUCUCCCACCUCAACCGAGGAGGAGCAGGUGAUGCUGAGGAAUGAUCAAGACACUCUUGUGGCAAAGUAUACAGGAAGAAAUAGUCGCUCUCUCCAUGCGGAUUGGCAUGAGGCAGAAUGGGAAAAAGUUUGGUUGAAUGUCGACAAAAGCCUGGAGUGCAUCAUCCAGAGAGUCGACAAACUUCUCCAGAAAGAGCGAUUGCACAGUGAGAGCUGUGAAGAUGUUUUCCAGUGUGAUGUCAGUGGGCCUAGUAAGAAAGGUAAUCGGGAUAAUCGAGCCUAUUGGAUAAGACCGGAAUCCUCACAUGCAUCCUCAUCAUGCUCCUUCUCCAUGCCAUCUGCUGCAUUCCAUUCUCAUUGGAGCACAAAUAGCAGCCCCCCUCCUGAAGAGUCCAGCCCAGGUGAAUGGAGUGAGGCCCUUUACCCCUUGCUGACGACACUCACAGAUUGCGUAGCCAUGAUGAGUGACAAGGCCAAGAAAGCGAUGGUCUUCCUGUUAAUGCAGGACAGCGCUCCAACAAUAGCUAUGUACCUGAAGCUCCAGUACCGCAGGGAUGUUGUCUUCUGCCAAACUCUGACUGCACUCAUUUGCGGGUUUAUUCUCAAGCUAAGGAACUGCCUGCAUGAUGAUGGUUUCCUGCGGCAACUCUACACUAUUGGCUUACUGGCCCAAUUUGAAAGCCUCCUCAGCACCUAUGGUGAGGAAUUGGCCAUGUUAGAAGACAUGAGUCUGGGAAUUAUGGACUUGAGGAAUGUAACCUUUAAAGUAACACAGGCCACCUCAAAUUCAUCAACAGACAUGCUCCCUGUAAUUACAGGAAAUCGUGAUGGAUUUAAUGUGAGGAUUCCAUUGCCAGGCACUCUAUUUGACGUGCUGCCUCGGGAGAUUCAGAGCGGCAUGCUUCUGAGAGUUCAACCUGUCCUUUUCAACGUGGGGAUUAAUGAACAGCAAACCUUGGCAGAGAGGUUUGGAGACACAUCUUUGCAAGAAAUUAUUAAUGUGGAAAGUUUGGUGAGAUUAAAUUCUUACUUUGAGCAGUUCAAGGAAGUUUUACCUGAUGAUUGUCUACCUCGAUCUCGUAGUCAAACGUGCCUGCCUGAGCUGUUGCGCUUUCUGGGACAGAAUGUACACGCCAGGAAGAAUAAAAAUGUUGACAUUCUCUGGCAAGCAGCCGAGGUGUGCCGAAGACUCAAUGGAGUUCGAUUUACCAGUUGCAAGAGUGCCAAGGAUAGAACAGCUAUGUCAGUGACCCUGGAGCAAUGUCUGAUCCUGCAGCAUGAACAUGGAAUGGCUCCGCAGGUCUUCACCCAGGCUCUGGAUUGCAUGAGGAGUGAGGGUUGUCGGCGAGAAAAUACAAUGAAGAAUGUUGGAUGUCGCAAGUAUGCAUUUAAUUCCCUGCAGCUGAAGGCUUUCCCAAGGCAUUACAGGCCUCCAGAAGGAACUUAUGGAAAAGUUGAAACAUAAACAUAAUGUGUCCUCUAAUUAGCUGUUAUACAAUACAUGUGGGUACACUCUAGUUGAAUUCAUGAAGACCAGAAAUUUUUUUUUUAACAUUUUACCCUAGAUUCUAUUGAGCAUGUUAUCUUACUGCAAUUGGAAUCUGUAGGAAAGAACGUUUUGGCGCAUUAGUUUAUGUAGUGAUGACUGUCCCUUUAAAUAGCCUUUGGUCCUGUGUGAGCUACACAAAUACCAUGAAAUCGUUCCCUGUGUUCAACAACUAGGUAUAUCCAGGAUGCUAAAGGACUUUUUAUAAAUGGCCACUUAGGUAGCUGUUUCACAUAGCAACCUUUUCUAUUGAGUUGAUUUAAGGUUGAGUUUUUCAUAAUACUGCACUUAAAAAAAUUGGAAACUCAAUAAAGUAAUUGGACCUGAGGCAACCCUGUACACAUUGAUGGAAUCAGGCAAAAUCAAUUUGUAACUUCAGGAAAAUAAAUUAGCCCUAACACCAAUCCAUGGAGCAAAAGGAAGCGGCCAGGAUGAUUUGGCCUUUGUGUGAUGCAUGAAGUCAAUACGUCAUUAUGAGAGCUUUGCUAGGUCUCAAAAACACUGAAGAUUUAGGUAUUUCUUAUGUGAUUGUACUUUAUUAGAAGGUGACUGCCAACCAACCAUACCACAUAACUGAAAUUCCAUACUUUAUUUCAAUAGCUGUGUGUUUUGGCGAGUCAUUCUUGUAAUUAGCCUUGCAGGUCAAAAACCACCCCCAACAACAAAAUAUAUCAAAUGUUUCUUCUCUCUUCUCCUCUCAUCCUUGUACUCAUUGCUUUUAAGCAUCUUGUCAACAAGUUAGGAUUCCACCUUCUAAAGCAUACACAAAGCUCCCCUUGGACUCAACUGAAGUGCUAUGCAUCCACUACCAAAAAGAGGCAUUUUUACAUGACUGCCAGAUCGGCAUUUUGAAGUGCAUACUUACAAUUUCAUGAAGCAAAUAUUGUCAAUAUUUGAAUGAAGGAAAUCCUAAAUAUCUCUAGAGCUAACCUUCAGGGGUUUGCUUAUUCUUUCACCUGUUUACUUAAUUUAUUGCUUUUUUUUUUUAAGAAUAAACUAUGACCAUAUUUCAGUGUCUUUGAAAUGCCUUGUUAUCCAGUUCAUGGGAAUUCCUAAUAUAUUUUCCCCUUUUGCCUGUUCUGUUAUGUGAGGUACUAUUGAGCUAAUUGGGUCUAUGUCCUUCUGAUUUUCAAACUGAUUUUUGUUCCCUCAAAGACUUGGGAAUUGCGAUUUAUCCUCUAAUCAUAGUAAAACAUUUCACGACUUCUUAAAAUCAUAAGACUUUACUUUUCCUACUCCAUAUUUCAAGGCACAUUGAAAAUUGGAAGCUGAAGACCUGAUUAUUUAUUUUCCAUAAGGAAAUAAUGAAUAUGAUAUGCAUUUCACAGAGUUUUGGUUUUUGUUUGUUUGGGAAUGCUUGUGUGAGUGUGUUUCAUCAGUUCUGUUAAUCAUGGUUGUCUUAGAGAUGUUCUUUGGGUAAAUUAUUCUUAAAAAUACAUUGAAACUUUUGGUCCAUUCUUACAUUACCUAAACUUGGUGUGUAUAAAUUAUUCCAUAUUACUUAAAAGGAUAUUAAAAUGUACAUGUACGUUUUACUUGAGCCUUUUAAUAUAGCUAAAGAAUAAAAUCAUGAAAAGUUCAUUGAUUUGAAAUUACCCAUGUCUAAAAUCUUAGGAAAUAUAUUUACUUCUGCCUUUCUUUUCUCCAAAAAUUUCUCUUUAAAAUAUAUGACUGUGUUUUAUUUGUACUGUAUGCUUAUUUACACGAAUAAAGGCAAUAGAAUUAUUCAAAUAUAUGUAUAUAUGUCACAUAUAUACAUAUGCAGAAUUGAUCACUUGGCAGAGUUGUUUGGCUCCUGCUAGCAAUGGGUAGUUUCAAGGUAGCUACCAGUAUUGAAGAGGGAGCCUUUGCGUACCAGCUGUACUUUAGAAAUACUUCUUAGGACUGUUGGUUUCAGCAGUGGUAAAGACAUUUGUGUGUCUUUUCUGUGAUAGGAUGCCCACGGCAAGGCUUACAGUUGUAGUAAAAUCUUUGUUGCCACCCACUCUAUUCCCAUUUACAUGUUUAGCUACAUUCAAAUACAAAUGAGAUUUCAGUAAGGCUGAUUUACCUUUUGACCCUAUAGCACUCCAUGACGUUUUUUUUUUUAGUAUUCAUUCAGAUUUUGUAGUUUCAGCCUUUUCUCUCUUCUCAUUCUUAUAUUCUCUUGCCAGGUUUUUGUUAUAUACUUCAAUCAUAUAUUUGUAAUUAAAAAAUCUUGUAUGUAUUAUUUCAAAACUUUUUUGUGUCUGAAGAUGUUUAACAUUUGAGUCUCUUAUAGUGCUGCUUCACAUAAAUAAAUUACAAUGUGUGAUUUUGUCCCUAGCUCCCUUUCUGUAAUAGUUUUCUUGAAUUCUUCAGGCAUGCUCAGAGUUCACCAAUUGAAAUGGUGGGACCUCAGCCUGGAAAUCUUGGUCAUUGGAAAUAUUCAGGUUUCAUUGUUCUGUGUGAAGAACACUCUUGCUCAGCUGGGUUUUUUUGGGGUUUUUUUUUGCACAUAUCACGGCAUCACGUGCAUGUUUACAGGUUUGGAUAGUGAUCAUAUUGAACAAUAAAAAUCAAGUUUGUCAUUAAAAAAUUUUUUUAACUCUGUAGAGGAAACUUCCCAUGAAGUACUUUUGAGUUGCACAAGGAAGGCUGUUUUAUAAGCGUCUUGUAAAAUGGGAGUCCUGUCUACUAUCUUUUCAAGUACACUUUUUUUUAAUGUCAUGAAACAUACUGAGGGAUAAAAUUGUUGCCAGGUAUGUUAUGUGUGUGUUCUGUGAAAGCACCCACAGCACAGUUGCCUUUUGUUUCAUUUAUAAAUGUAAAAAUAUUGUAUAAUAUGACAGUUUGUCCCUACACAAUUGUAUUUGCCAAGCUUUGUGCAUUGAAAUAUUUUUAUUUAUUUCUUUUGGGCAGUAUUAAUAUAUUAUAAAUCUAUGGUUACGGUUUUAUAUAUUCUUAGAUCAUUCAAGCCAUGUAUGCUGUAAAUGUGCUAGUCUUUAGAAUGAAAAAAUAUUAAUAAAGAACUGACAGUACUAAA